AAUUUUAAAGUGCCAGAAACGCCUGGCACUGUUCUCUCUUCCUCUCUCUAAAGCUCAAUCUCUCUCUCUCUAGACUUUCUUCUCUGUAAUGGCAACUUCUUCAUCUUCGAAAGGAUGGUUGAGCAAUCUCUCGACUUACGCAUCUCGCGUAUAUUUCUUCAUUAUCAUCCUUCAGAUCCCUCUUUUCAGGGUACCAUGUAGAAGUGGUAUGUGUUCAACCCCUAUUCAGGUCACUUCUUCCCAGUUAAUUGCAAGUGAGAUCAUCCCAGUUUCUGUAGUGAAGGGCCUUCUCUAUCCUGGAGCCAUUACAAAUGGCCUCAUCAGCAACAUGACUGUUCCAAGCUGGGAUAAUCUCCUGAACAUCUACAACCUGACUUAUGCGAAGGAAGCUUCUGCAGUAACUGAUCUACAACGUCUAGAGGUUCUUGCAGGAAGCUACUUCUCUGUGGCAGGGGCACUUGUGGGUAUAAUGAAACCUGGAAGGAUGAGCAUGUUCGGGACCCUUCUGAUAAUUUGGGGCCUUGUCAAGGAAGGUAUCCUUGGAAAACCAGUAAACACAGAUCCUGCAAAAGCCGUUUUUGUCUACCCGACAAUGUUGAUUGUGCUGGUUUGUGCCUUCUCUUCUGUAAAGUACGACGUAAAGAAGGUUAUGAGAAGUGCCCCGCCUCGACCUCUUGCAAAACCUCUGAAGAGCUCUUCAAAAUCUAAGCUGAAAUGAGUUUGAGAUGUUAAUACUUCUGGUUGGAAACGGAUCUUAUUCUUCUUAUAGUGUUUUGUGGUUGAUGAGUACAACAAUCUGUCUAUGCCCCUGCCAAAUCAUCCUUUUUGAAGCAUUUUAUUGCUUAAUUCAGUCUUAGAUUUGUCCAGGUUUCAAGGUUCAUUGAUUAGUAAAGCAACAGCAUGUUGAAUAUGUAUGAACUUGUUAACACUCUCUUUUGUUGCCCAUAAGAUGGAAAGAAAUGGUGUGCAAAUUUUGAAUCA